GCAAGGUCAAGCUCAUACCCAACAAUCAGAAGAAACACGGGUAUGGCACAAGAGAGAAAAUAAAUGGCAGAACGUCCACUUUCAUCGUUCUGGUGUGUCAGGAUCAUCUCCUUUUACAUUUGCCCACAAAUAAAAAUGCUGGAUCAUUUUCAUGGAAAAACUUCACCAAUCCAGCAUAUCUUGCCAUACCUUUGAUGCCCGUUUGCACCAGUUUCAGUUAAAUGAUAACUGGUUGUUAUUUUCAUUUUGGUCCCGAAAGGUGCUAUAUAAAUACAAAAGAAUAGUACAUUUCAUUGUAAUUUUCUUCUUUUUUAUAAGAUUUGAAAGUAUGUUAAUUUCAAAAUAUUUUGGAGUUGUCGAAAUGUAUAUGUGCUUUCAUUAUAUUGUUUUGUUUUUUACUUUAGGAUUCUAAGUGUUAAACUAAUAUGUGGACUAGUUAGUUGUACAAUUUAUGUCUACAAUUUACCUCUAUAUAAAUUUUGUUUGCUUUUUAUCUACUCAAGUUCAACGGAAACUUUUGUUCUUGUUUCUCACUGUUUCAUAUCCUUUUUCAUGCAGUAUUGUAUAAGAUAACAAGUAUGUUAGAUAUUGAUGAAUCUGAAAUUAUCUCUUCAUGGUCACAAGCAAUCAUUUGAAACAAGACAUUUAUUCAUUAGUGUGUUUCCCUAAUUUUAUUAGAUAUUAUUGGGAUGACUUUUGUAAAGCUGUCGUUUUUAAAAUAUUAAAAGAUGUGCUAUUGGCAGACAGUGAGCUGUCAGCCCACAGAGGCCAGGUGCAGAAUGAAUGUACAUACAUACAUACUACAUGCAAUUUUCUUAACAACGUGUUACCAUUUAACAGAUUUUGGUGCAAUAUGUGCAAUAAAUGUACUCUAUAGUAACAAGCUUUGUUAACAACUUUAUGGUGGUAUGACUUUAGGAGUCAGGAAACCAGCUCUCUUUAACAGUAUGAAGUGUUAAUUAAUGACUAGUACUGCAUCUUGCAUUGCCCUUGGAUAGCCGGAGAGGCUGUACUUACAAAUGAACAAAAGAAUGAGCUACAAUGUUACUUAAUGGAAUAACUUUUAUGGUUGGAGUUUUCAGGAAUGAAACAGGAAAAAAAUCCCUCAAGUAGCUCAUUUAUAAGCUGUAUAUGCGCUCUGUUGGUGUUUGCAUGCAAGGUUUUAUAAUUAUCUCAAUAUUAUAAUUCCAUUUGCAUGUGAUGGUUGAAUUUACUUUGUCAUGAUGCAGAAAAUAGCAUGAAAGGAGGUUUUAAUUGUGUUUUAGGGAGACACGAUGAACAAGUUGAAAGAGCUUCACCUCACUCCCUGAAAACUGCUAUCUUGUUCCCAAUCCUCUUCAGAGGUACCUCUUACUUCAUAUGUAAUUCUACAACAUGCUUCUAAAUGUGAUUGCCGUUAAAGAAGACCUUUUGGAUUAUUAUUAAAAUGUUAUAACCUAUUAUUAUAAAUACAUAAAGAGUGUGCAAUUUAAUUGCAUUUAGUGUUUAGAUGUUUUCAGAUAAAGAUCUGUAUGCUCCCCUCUCCUUCUGUCAUCAUUGAGUUCAGUUCUAUGAACUGAGAAACUUAAUUGUUUGGCCUAAUUGUCAUUAUAAUUAAACAUUAUAUAGUGUAUAAUCUGAGUUGAUUCCUACCUUAGUACGAAGUUACAAGUUAAAAUUGUCUCGAGAGAAACAGUUUGUGAAUAAUUUAAAAUAAUGCAAGAACAUUGCUGUAGGUAGACAUUGUGAUGUUGAAAAUAAUCAUUGAAUAAUUGAAUUAGAUUCUUCUAAUUGUACUUAAAUGUUGAAUUAAGAAAGUGCUCUAUAUAACAAUUUUGAAUGAAACCAUUCUUUUUUAAUAAUAACACUAAUUAGAUCCAGGUUUCUUCUUAUUGCUUCAUUGAACUGAUUAGAUCAAUUAACUCUUCUUGUAACAUAAUAUUAUAAUGUCAUGCCAUUUCUGUAUGUCAUGCAGACUGAAUGUGUGGCUAAAUGAUUGUCAUAUCUCUGAUUCAGAAUUUUACAUUGUUUUCAUUACAUGAAAUUUAUAUGAAUAACAUCAUAUUUUUAGAGAAAUAUGAUACAUUGGUUUUCCAAUAAUGGCUGAUAAAAUGGAUGCAAAUAUCUGGUUAUCACUUGAUGUAUUAAAUGUCAGGUGUUAACCAACUUUGAACAUUUUUUGCAGCAGAGGAAAUAAUUGAUCCAGAGUAUACUCCUUCUAAUUAUUUUAUUUUGAGAACAAAUUGAAUACAUUGUAAGGAAGUGAUGCUAUCAUAACAUAUUCAUAAAUUCAGAUAUUGAUUUAUUACGAAUCUAUCCUCAUUAGUUGUUCAAAAAAUAUGUAGAAUGAUUCGGUUCAUAAACAAGUUAAUUAUUGAUUGCUCUCAUUUUUACUGUAUUCAUAACUCAAGAUCAAUUAGUUUACAGCAAUCUUCCUAUUAAAUGAAGGUGUUUACUUUCUACUUCUACAGACAUUCAAUCUUUCCUUUGCUCUCGAAUGCUUUUAUUCAUAUAGAUUUCUGUACAAAAUAUACCAAUUAUAUGUACACAUGUAAUAGUGGGUGUAUCACUGUCCCAUAUUUUUUUCAUCAAAUGUGAAUUAGUCAAGUAUGCAAAGGGAAAUGGUAUGAGAAUAUAAUUGAUGAACAGAUUGCUUACAUCUGUAUUCUUCUUUUUCCAAAUAUUAUAAGGCAAAUGAGUUAUAUGGGCAUAAAAUUAUAUUCAUUAAGUUUUACAUGGAUCUGAGGACAUAAAAUCUUGUGGCCAAUGAUGUAGCUAGUCUAAUGUACCAGUUAUUUUCAUACAUUUUUCCAUACUUGCUUGCUGUGUAAUUAGAUUGAAGUGAGAUAUCACAUUUGGUUGUUACAUCGUUUGUGCCCCCUUUGUGUAAUUGUAUCUUUUGUGCUGAUGUGCAGUAAAAUCAACGCUCUUUGAAGCUCCUGACUAUGCUCUUCAAAUAAUUUAUUAUGUCUUAUUGUGAUAAGAAUUUUUUUAAAGGCAUUUUAGAAUCUUUAUAUACACAAAUAUAACUUACAUGUUACAUACAAUAUGACAAUUUUAUUUUAAAUUAUUUCUUGUUGGUACAGUUUUGAAAGAAGUAUUUAAAAUAUCAGUGGAUCUGAGGUAGUUAGACCAUGGUAUGUACCUUUUUUAUAAGCCAUUGUCACAGUUUGCUAAACUUUGUUUUAGAUAAUAGGAAACAAGCUAGAAGUUGUAGGUACCCUUAUUCAAUGGAAAUAUGACUUAUUUUAUUUAAACUUUACAUACGAAGUCAACAUUUCCAGUAGUGCCAUUGUUAAUUUAUAGAUAUUAUUUUUUUAAAUAAUCAUUGUGCUCUGCUGUUGCCCUCAGUAUUGAUUGAAGCAAGUGAAAUACUGGGAACAUACCAUUAAUGUUAUCUCCAAUGCAGUAUUUCAAUGUGUAAAUGUGUUUUUGUUUGUUUUUAGAUGCUCUCUUGAGUUUGUGUUCAUUUAUAUAAUUUGGUUACAUAUACCGUAUCUUUGUAUAUUUGAAUAUGCUAUGAAGUGUUCCAAAAGAGCUAAGUGACAUCUUUAUUGCAUAUUCAAAAGGACUUGCUGGGACUUGGUGGUUUUAAAAAAUGUUCUCUGAAGCUCAAAAAGGUUGAGAAAUCACCUUCAAUACUUUAUAUCUAAUUGGUUUAUUUUGAAUAAUUCAACCGUGAAACAACCUAUUAUAUGGAAAAUAUUCGUACUCUACUACAUGUCAUUAUUGUUAAAACAUUUGUAAAGUGUAAUACUGGGUAAAUAGGAAUCAUUCAUCUACACCACUUUUUAGUGUUGAAUUGAAAACCUUAAUAUAUUGUGAUGAAAAUUCGGCAUGGUUAGCAGAGUUUUAUUAGUUAUAUAUUGCUUGCAGCUUUACCAAUAAUGUUUUGUUUUUAUUUUAUUUUGGAUUGCAUAGAAAUUUCAACUUUAUUGUAAAAAUUCUGUGCUUUUAGAAUUCAAUUUGCAUCUCAUAUUUUAUUGUAUUAUAUCAUCUGAAUAAUAAAAUUUCUAAUAUUUUAGUUCUUUGUAAUUACCUACUUCGAUUCGUUAGUUAACUUAAACAUUUUAAUUAUUUUUAAGGUCCUCAAAAACUUUUUAAUAAUGCCAAGAUUGAUUUUCUAAUAUCUAUUUACUACUAUUAUUAUUGUAAAACAAAUUAUUCUGCUAAUCUACCAGAAAUUUGUAUGCAAUUCCAUGCCUCAUUAUAAAAUAAAACUUAAAAUUUUAAAACUUUAUAAAGACUGUUGACAGAGCUGCAUAGAGGGCUUAAUGUGUUAUUCCCAUAAUAAUUGUGGGUAGUAUCCAAAAUUUUGAAUAAGCACAAAAUAUUUGUUUUAAUACAUCAAAAGGAAUUUUAAAAAUAAUGUACAUAUAAAAUCACUGUUUUUGUUAAUUUCUUUGUUGUUAAUUGUGAUAUUAAUUCUACUGCUUGUAUGAAAUGAUAAUUAUAUAUCUCUUGUAGACAACAAUUACAAAUGUGGGAAAAAUUUCCUUCUGUUGUGAAAAUUAGAAGAGAUCCAUUAUUCUAAUCACAUAACGAUUGGUGCAGAGGAAGCCUUUGUCAUUUCUUCCACCUUUUUUCUCAUCUUUGAAUCUUAUUUUUAUCAAUUUCCCACACUUUCCUUACUAUAACCUUUUAUGGAAAUAAAAUAUUAUCAAAUAUUUGUUUUGCCUGGAACUAUUGCAUUUUGUAUCCAAAACCCAAACUAUUGUUAGAUGUUGGCUUCAGUUUUACUUUCUUGAAUUUGGUAUUUUUGUUCUUGGUGCACAUUAGAACAAGUAUUCUUAGACAUGAAUACAUCUGGUCCUUUUGAUAGUUCUAACAAUGUAUGCAAGGCUACUGAAUAAAAAUCUAAAUUAAUAAAAUUGUUUAAAAAUGCUGAAUUUUGGGGGAAAUUCUCUUCAUAAAUUAAUCAAUUUUAAUAAGUGGCCAAUUAUUAAACUUUGAACUAACCAAUUGAAAUCAAUAAGAAUUUCAUUGUUAAUUUAUUAUGGGGAUUGCAUAAUAAAUAAAAGAUUGAUAGAAAGAUAUAAAUAUUUUGUAAUAUUUUAUUUGCGUGGCCACUUCAUUUCUGCUUGUACUCACAAAAUCAAAGAACGGUUAUUUCUGAAGCCCAAUCUCUUUAUAUUUCACAAUGUACUAGGAAUAUUUAUUAAAAAAAUUAUGCCAUCCGUUUAUGCAACUGUAUUUUCAUAUUUCCAGUUCAGUUUUUGAAAGAAGCUGAAGUUUUGAAUUUUUACUCAGUAAUUGCAAGAAAACCUGUUUAAUUCAAAUACCUAUUUGUACAAAUGAAAAUGUUUUUGUUUUGCAUUCCCAUGUAGAAAUAACAUACAAGAACUGAUUACUGAGUUAGUACUUCAUGUUUGAGAAAGUACUUUUCAUCAGUUACUAUUUUACACUUUCAAAAAGUAUCUGGUGUAAAAUCCCUGUGUGUUCAUUUCAGUAACUGUAAAAGGGUUUGGUCACUGUGACUGAGCCAAUUACAGUGGUUAUUUGUAUAUUUUGCAAGCUUACACAGAAUACAAUUUAUUGUAUGUAAAUUCCUUCUACCUAUAUUCUUAAAAAUCUUAUAAUAAAAAUGGAGUGUGUAAAUUUUGUUUAGAUAUUCUUAUAUUUCUAUCAACUGUUUUAUAUUUUCU